AUGUUCGACACCAUCUGCAACCUCCCUCUGAGCUCCGACCUUUUCGCCCAGGCCAUCCACCCCACCGAGCCGCUCGUCGCCGUCGGCCUCUCCGCCGGCCACGUCCAGACCUUCCGCCUGCCGCCCGUCGCGACCGACGACGACGACAACAGCUCCGUCGAGGACGCCGCCGCCGCGAGCGAAAAUGGCUUUGGCCAGAUUGAGACCGCCUGGCGCACCCGCCGCCACAAGGGCAGCUGCCGCAGCCUGGCAUACAGCGUCGACGGCGAGGCCCUGUACUCGGCCGGCACCGACGGCCUGGUCAAGGCCGCGAGCAGCGAGACGGGCCAGGUGCUGAGCAAGAUCAACGUGCCGCGCAUUGGCAACACCAACACGGACAUCGACGCGCCCUCGCUCCUCCACGUCCUCUCCCCGCAGACGCUCCUCCUCGCGACCGACUCGUCGCCGCUGCACCUGUUCGACCUGCGCGCGGACCACAGCUUCCCGUCACUGCGGGCGGCGGCGACGCACCACCCGCACGACGACUACGUGUCGAGCCUGACGCCGCUGCCGGCGUCGGCGGCCAGCACGUCGGGCUUCAGCAAGCAGUGGGUGACGACGGGCGGCGCGACGCUGGCGGUGACGGACCUGCGGCGCGGCGUGCUGGUGCGCAGCGAGGACCAGGGCGAGGAGCUGCUGUCGUCGCUGUUCGUCGGCGGGCUCGGCCGCCGCGGCACCUCAGUCGGCGAGAAGGUGCUCGUCGGCGGCUCCGGCGGCGUCGUCACGCUGUGGGAGCGCGGCGUGUGGGACGACCAGGACGAGCGCGUCACGGUCGAUCGCGGCGCCCCCGGCGCGGGGGGCGGCGAGAGCGUCGACGUGCUGGCGGCGGUGCCCGAGGGCGUGGGUGCGAGCGGGAAGGUCGUCGCCGUCGGCUUGGGGAACGGCCUCGUGCGGUUUGUACGCAUCGGGUCGAAUCGCGUCAUUGGCGAGAUCAGCCACGACGAGACGGGCGAGAGCGUCGUCGCGCUGGGCUUCGAUGUCGGCGGCAGGCUCAUCACGGGCGGCGGGCAGGUCGUCAAGGUGUGGCACGAGGGUUAUGGGGGCUCUGGAGAUGAUGAUGAUGGGGAAGAAGACGCGACCGAGGGCGCGAAGAGGUCGAUGGACAGCGACGACGAUGACGACAGUGACGAUGACAGCGACGCGGAUAGCAGCGACGAUGGUGGCGACCGGAAACGCAGGAAGAAGAGGAAGAGGUCCAAGGGCAAGGAUCAGACGAAUAGCAAGGCGGUCGUGACGAAGUUCUCGGGCUUGGAUUAG